GACACAUCGAAGAUGGUGGGAGCUGCAAGAGCACAGACAUCAUCUCCGCCCGAGUAAAGCUCACUAUGGAGCUCUUUAUUUCUGCUCUUCUCACCGCAGCAGAGAACGACAUCAGGGGAAAAGGGAGGCAACCCGCGAGCGGACGGAAGAGGACGCACCAGAGCGCACAGUGUUGCGUUUUUGGACACACGCGUGCCAGCGGAAAGUAGCGCCAUCCAGACCUGGUGAAGACACACAGACAGUCCGUCCACCUGGGAUCUAUAAUCCUCUGAAACUUUAAUGCUCUGGAGGUUUACCACGCCUUUGCGCAGUGGGGAAGGAAAUCCAGCCUCAGAGACUCCUCAGAGGGUCCGCUUCCCAAACGCAGGAAAUACGGCCUGGGAAGGGGGGAAAGUUUGGGAGCUUUUGGAAACGAAAGGAACCACUCGCUGACGUUUUUUCCACACGUUUUAUGACUUGAUCGUGUAGUUAUUUUUUGUUUGUCGUUGUCGUGAAGCGGCUGUUUCGUCGCACUGUGGUAAAGUGAAAAUGUUUAAACGCGGCACGCCGUUGGUGUUGUUGGUGCAGGAGUUUUGAUCAUCACUAUUUAUAGACCAGCCCGGGCUGUUCCUCAUAACUCUACGCUGCCAACUGCGCGCAACAAGUUGCAGACACUCCCAGCGGUGGCAGCCCUGCGUAAAUUCAACACCGCGGAUGGUAUUUUGUGCGCUUCUCCCUUUGGAUUACGGAGCGCUGCGCUCCGCGACCCCCUCUUUGUGGCGCAGAGGAGGAAUAAACGGCGGAGAUCCGGACAGGGAGUUCAGGAAAGGACGAGGUCGGAUCCGUGGGAACAGGCCUGCCUGCAUGUCAGGCCUCUUUUGAUCUGGAUCUGGGACCGGACAGGACUCCUCACUCUGGACAUGCAGCGGCAUUCUGGAAUAACUAAAGAAGAUUAUACGGGAUUAACAAAUGCAGUUCUUUAGCGCUGUGAGUCACGCAUGAGCAGAUGUGGUGGAAGGCAGCGCACCUUUAAUCAUACAUCAUCCUAUUUUUUUAAAUAACGGAAUUAUAUUUGCAGGCCGUCAUAUUUUUCCAUGCAUUACGCACAGCUCUGCGCAAAAAAAUAAAUAGUUUUAGUUCAAGCAGAUUGUUUCUUACUUCAAUGCGUUUUUGUAAGGCUACAAAGUGAUGGCGAUUUUGUGGGUGCGUUUCAAACGCGUUUUUUACGCGUGCCUCUGACUGUGCACAAUGCCAACUGUUGACAUCUGGAUUUUUGUGCCGCUUUUCGCGCAAACAGCGCGCACAGAUGAAUAAAUCCGGACGUCUUCUCGUAUGAUUUUUUUUUUUUUUUUUUUUUUUUGGAAUGUCAGUGCGAUCAAAAGCCUGCACGCACGAACAGGAGGUCAUUUCCAGUCAUGCAACGUCAGGACCCACUUGACGGAGGCACAGAUAAGCCGUUACAUCACUGCACAGUCCUUUCCGAGAAGAAUGUGGAGUUGGAGGACUGAUGACAGUGUUUUCACCGCAUCCGGACUCGAACCCGCGGUCUCUGUGGACACGAAUCAGUGGAACGUGAGCGCUGACGCAAACCCGGGCUCGGAUCAUGAACUGCUCAAGAAGCUGGAACGGCGCGUCUCGUGAGUGUGUGCACGCUGAGGACGUCUGCGCCGCGCGCACCGUGCGUGCGCUGUGAUUAUUCUCUCUCUUUCUAUCUGUCGCCUCCUCCUGCCAUCGCCGUGCCACAUGUGCACACACUGCGCCCACGCACGUCAGUCAGCGCUGAGGAGACGUCAUUAAGAUUCAACACUCGCUCCGCACCUCCUCGUUCUCCACGUCAUCAUGGCCACUGUGCAACAGCACCGGCAGCUCCUCGUGCACGGCACAGAGGCGAGCUGCGACUCCAGCGGCGCCUGCGCCGUGACCGUGUGCAUCAGCAACAGCGCAGCCCGUCAGGAGGAGCUGCAGGGGGCUGCCAGCGGUGAAGGAGGAGGAGGAGGAGCAGGUGGCUGUGGGGCUGCACGCAAAAUGAACUCAAACCUCCACAAAUACAGCAUCUCGUCCAGCAGCAGCUCCGCGGACUCUCGGCCAGCCGUCACCUCCUCCUCUCAGGCGCACAGGAAGGUGCCACCUUUGUUUGAACGCUCCGCUGCCCAGUGCUGGGACCCCAAGUUUGACUCCUUCGUCCUGGAGGAGGCAUGCCAAGAGAGAUGCUUUCCUCAGAAACAGCGGCGUUUCCGUUAUGUCCUGUUCUAUUUGGCUGUGGCAGCGGUGCUCUGGGGGGUGUAUUUUGGACUCAAUAGUGACCGCUGCAGUCCCAUGACCUUCCUGCUCCCUACAGUCUUUUUCUGGGCUCUCUUGGUGAUCCUCUUUUUCUUCACCUUUUGUCACUGUUACACAUGGCUGUACAACCAAACCUCCCUGCUUCUGAUCGGGGUCACGUUUGCCAUCACCUUGGCUCCACAGACACAAACUGCAGGGUUCAACGAAUUGGAGUGGACCAGCAGUGGGAACAUCUCAAAUGAAGCAUCGCCCUCAACCUCCUGCAUCUCCCCAGUGGGCACCUUCUCCCUGUGCAUGGAGGUUCUCUUGUUGCUGUACAGCGUUCUGUACGUCCGUCUGUAUGCCUCUGUGCUGCUGGGGCUGUUGUACUCUGUCUUAUUUGAGGCACUGGGGUGGCUGCCUUUGCUCCACGUGGGUUCGCAUUCUGAUUUUGAAACAAACACUCUUCCUUGGCUCGCUGUGGCCAAAGCCCUGCUCCAUGUGUGCGCCCAUGUUAUCGGUAUCCAUCUGUUUGUCAUGUCAGAGGUGCGUUCCCGCAGCACCUUCCUCAAAGUGGGUCAGGCCAUCAUGCACGGCAGGGAUUUAGAGGUGGAGAAGGCUCUGAAGGAGCGUAUGAUCCACUCGGUCAUGCCUCGGCGGGUCGCCGACGAGCUGAUGAAGCAGGGCGAUGAUGAGGGCGGCGGUGGUGAGAACUCGGGCAAGCGGUAUUCCUCUGGUGCAUGCUCUGCUUCAGCGAUCUCAGUGGGUGGAGGAAGCAGCGGCAUUUUACAAGUUCAAAGUGCCACAAGCCCCAAACAUCACCCCCACAACAAUCACAAACACAAGAAAACCUCCAUCCCGAGAGGACAGAUCAUAUUCCGACCCUUCAACAUGAAGCGCAUGGAGCCAGUCAGCAUCCUCUUUGCAGACAUCGUGGGGUUUACCAGAAUGUCUGCCAAUAAAUCAGCGCCGGCCUUAGUUGGCCUUCUCAAUGAUCUCUUCGGACGUUUUGACCGACUCUGUGAACUGACUGGCUGUGAGAAAAUCAGCACUCUGGGAGACUGUUAUUACUGUGUAGCAGGUUGCCCCGAACCCAGACCGGAUCACGCCUACUGUUGUGUUGAGAUGGGUCUGGGUAUGAUCCAGGCCAUCGAGCAGUUCUGCCAGGAGACAUGUGAGACUGUCAGCAUGCGAGUGGGCGUGCACACAGGCACCGUGCUGUGUGGGAUCCUGGGAAUGAAGCGCUUCAAGUUUGACGUGUGGUCAAAUGAUGUCAAUUUGGCCAACCUGAUGGAGCAGCUGGGAGUCGCAGGCAAGGUGCACCUGUCUGAAGCCACGUCUCAUUUCCUGGACGAGCGCUACCAGUGGGAGGACGGGCGUGUGGAGGAGAGAGCCGGGUCCGGUGUGAUGGCAAAACUGAAGGGCAUGAAGACUUACCUGAUCUCAGGGAGAAAGUUGGAGUGUGAUACCCAGUGUGGCUGUUCCCAGCUGGGACUAUCGGUUGGGGACUUCAUCAGUGCUGGUCUACCCUUUGGUCCUCAGCCCCACGCUCCAGACAUCAUCCCUGGAGGAGCACAUGCUGCUGAGCCUCUGCUGCCCCAUCAAACCUCAGACAGAAUGGGCCGUCCAUGUGUGUCGUGUAAUGUGGUCCGGUCCUCGGUGGUGGAUCAAAGUGAUGAGGUCACUGUGUUGAAUGGAUGCCAAGAAGAACACAAGACCAGCAGUGCCAAGUUCAUCCCAGGGUACAGCCCCAGGGCAGCCAAUGGUCUGUUGAGUCUGCCUCUGGAGGACCCCGUGCGAGCCAGCCAGAGUUCUCUGAGUGAUAUGCUGCAGGAGAAAAACAAGACCAGCACCAGUACGGGUACUGGAACCAGUGCAGGCAUGGUGGGCGGCACUGGUGCAGCAGGUACUAGAAUGGACCACUCCGCCUUAAUCCAGUUGCGUGCAAAAAACUUCAAAGAGAAGAGCGACGCCCACUUUGUGGAUGUUAUCAGGGAGGACAGUCUGAUGAAGGACUACUUUUUCAAGCCACCCAUCAACAAGAUUAGCCUGAACUUCCUUGAGCGACCUCUGGAAAAAGCCUAUCGUAGCAGCUACCAAGAGGAGGUGAAGAACCAGGUUCAAGUGCAGACCUUUGCCAGCUCCACCUUUAGCUCCUUCUUGGAUGUGCUUCUCAGCUGUUUUGUCUUCCUGGCCCUGACCCUGGCUUGCUUCUUUCCAUUUGUCGUGAUCCCAGCCAAUGUGGGUCCCCCGGCUCCCGCUGCCAUGGCUGUGGCAGUGCUGGCUGUGCUGCUGGAGUUGAGCUCCCUGGCAUUGUCCAUACGUAUGGCAUUCCAUCUUGACAAGGUGAUGAGCUGCACCCGCUCCCUGCUCACAGUGGUCUCUGGAUGGCUCCCUCGUCACAUCAUAGGGGCCGUGUUGGUUUCCCUCCCUGCCAUCUCCGUCUUGUCCCACUUCACAUGCAGUGUCCACCUGCCUCUUCAGGUGACCAUGUUUCUGUGCUGUGCCACCAUCCUGGCUAUCAUCCAGUACUGUAACUUCUGUCAGCUGAGUUUUUGGAUGCGCUCAGUCCUGGCCACAAUUACAGGAGUCACCCUAUUGUUAUUACUCUACUGCCCCCUUCACAGCUCCAGUAAUAACAGCUUGCCAGUUCAUAGAGUUAAUCUGUCCACCUCAGCUGACAGCGGUUCGGGAAUGACCGCUCCAGUACUUGACCCUCCCCUGCGACCUUUCGAUCUCAUCCCAGAAGCUGUCUUGGCAUUCUUUUUGCUUCUCCUCCUGGUCUGGUUCCUCAACCGGGAGUUUGAGGUCAGCUACCGUCUGCAUUACCAUGGCAACGUGGAGGCUGACAAGCACCGCUCCAAGAUCCAGAUGAUGCGAGACCAGGCUGAAUGGUUACUGGGAAACAUCAUUCCCAUCCAUGUUGCUGACCAGCUAAAGGUGACCCAGAGCUACUCCAAAAACCAUGAUAGUGUGGGUGUGAUCUUUGCUAGCAUCGUAAACUUUAGUGAGUUCUAUGAAGAGACCUACGAGGGCGGAAAAGAGUGCUACCGUGUCCUCAAUGAGCUCAUUGGAGACUUUGAUGAUCUCCUUCGCAAACCUGAAUUCAGAAGCGUGGAGAAAAUCAAAACCAUCGGAGCCACUUACAUGGCAGCAUCGGGACUAAAUGUUCGACAGUUGGCCGAGAGUGAUGACGACUCUCCACAUGGCCACUUGAGGGCAUUGUUUAACUUUGCUCUGGAGAUGUUGGGUGUCCUGGAUGACUUCAACAAGAACAUGCUGGGUUUUGGUUUCAAACUCCGCAUUGGAUUUAAUCAUGGGCCAUUGACCGCUGGGGUGAUUGGCACGACUAAGCUGCUCUAUGACAUCUGGGGAGACACUGUCAACAUUGCUAGUCGCAUGGACUCCACUGGUGUGGAGUGUCAGGUGCAGGUGAGCGAGGAGAGUCAUGCUGUGCUCAGUGCCAUGGGUUUAGAGUUUGACUACAGAGGUACUGUGAAUGUAAAAGGAAAAGGUCAGAUGAGAACCUUUCUGUAUCCUAAAAGUGGAGAAGUCAUAUCAACAUGUCAAGAUGGAAUGGAGCUUGGCGCCAGUGAUGGACCCUCAGCUAUGCCAUUACCGACCAAUAAACCAUCAGAGUCUGUUGCCCAACGGGCAAUAGCUACUUCUUCUAAUCCUCCCUUUCUUCCUUCAUCCUCUCUUUCCACACCUCCUCCUCAACUCAAAAGUGCUGUAGGACCUGCGUGUACAGGGUCUGGGUCUGUUCCAGAUAAUUCCACAGAGGUGAAGGAAGAAGGCUAUCGGGACACUCCUCACCUCUCUCAGCAGUCUUCUGCCACGGACCUUCAGCUCCCUUUCCACUCUGAACCACACCCAGAAUCCACUGCUGAGCAAGUUCCCUCCCAGAUCCAGCCAGCCCCUCUUGUACUGCAGGAGGAGGAGGAUGUAGAGGAGGAAGCCAGCGAGCUAACAAAACUCAAUGAGGAGUUUUAUGCUCGCCUCUAAUUCAUCUUCUCCACUUUCUGCCCCCUUAAGCCCCGAUUUCUCUCUCUGCAGGAGGAAGUGUGCAUGUGGGUGGGUUAUCUCUUAUAGGGAAAAGUGAAAUGUCUUCUCCUUUUCCACAAGGAGUCAGCAUGGAUGAAGAUGAGAGAAAGUGUCAUGCUGUGUGUUUGGAUACAUACAGUAAUUACAAAAAUGGCUCGUAAUGUUUUGAAAGGGACUGAGCGCGAGAAAGUUCUACCUGUGUUGAGCACAGUGAAUAGUGAAGAAAGGGCAGAAAGUGGGUAAGAGGUAGGAAAAUUUGGUUGAAGUUCUUGAUUUUGUAAAAAUUAAUUUUGUCAUUAAGUGCCUUUAGGACUAGAACAAAUACGAAUGCUGAACAAAGUUUUACCAAGCUUUGUAUGGGCCUUCCCUCAUAAGGUCGACUGCAGAACAUACGAUGAGUUCCAUGCUUUUAUUUUCACUGCAAGUAUUUCUGGAAAAUCAUUAUUAUUUUUGCCAUAUCAUUUGUUUUAAUUUGAUCAAAGUUUUGACCUUUAUGUAAAAAAAACAUUAACUUGCUGAUACUUAUAGGGGGAAAAAAAAUCUAAAUCAUCCCCAUUUAGGUGUCAUUGCAGCAUGAGCAGGGAACUACAGGGAAAAAAUAAGGGAAUUUUAUGAAGCAGUGUUUAUUUAUAGUUUCUGCUUUGUUAUGAGGGCUUAAUACAGUAUUUCUUUCUGCUAGCUAGAGUGUUGCUAAAAAGGGACACACUACAUAGCAGGCUGCAUAGAUUUUAGUUUGUGUAGCGGCUUAAUGCACAUUUAAGUACAGGUCUUACACAGUGUUUUCUCGACCACUUCUAUUUGGUAGGUAUUACUGUGACAAA